AUGGAAGCAACUCCUUCUCCACGCAUAUCAAUCGAAACUCCCCCAGCUUACCAACAAAAAUAUGUAAUGCUGAACAGUAAUAAUUCAACAGAUCUAAGACCUCCUCCCAAGAGGAGAAACGUUCCUAGGUACCACGACCAUUCUAGUAAAUCCAGUGGAAGUUUUUGCCUAAAAUGCAUUUGUUGUUGCCUUCUCUUCUGGUUUGUUUUGAUCAUCCUUCUCGCUGGUGCUGCCUAUAUUCUUUACACUAAGAUUGAGCCUGAAGUCCCUGUCUAUACCGUUGAUCAUUUCGAUGUCAAUGCCUUUGAUGUUCAGCAUGAUUUUAGUCUCCAUACUGAAUUGGUUGUUACUGUCAAAUCUGAUAACCCUAACAACCACAUAGGCUUCCAAUAUGGGACGGAUAGUUCUGUUGUUGUAAUGUAUAAAAACUCUAUUCUUUGUGAGGGAAAACUUCCCGCCUUUACUCAACCCCAUGCAAAUGCCACUAUGAUUCAGAUUCCUUUGAAAGGUGAUAGCGAGUUUGGAACAGACCUUCAAGAAGCUCUCGUGAAGAAUCGAAAAACUGGACAGAUCCCUUUACUUGUAGAGGUUAAGGCUCCUAUUUCUGUGGUGGUUCUUGAUUUUCCUAUGAGACAAGUCACGGUUCUUCUCAAUUGUUCUUUGGUGGUUGAUAACUUAUCACCUAAAAAGAAAGCCAAGAUUAUAUCAUCUACGUACAACUACGCAGUUGAACUUUAA